AUGGCCAAAAUCGAUGCCUCCAAAGAGACCUGGACAAUUGUUGCGAAAAUCAAUCGUCUAUGGCUAAGUCCGAGCUUAUAUGGCUCAAAGAUACCCUUUUCAAUGGACAUGAUACUUAUGGAUGACAAGGGCUGUAAGAUUCAUGCUACAGUUAGGAAGACUUUGAUUUAUCGAUUUCAGUCUUUGCUAACUGAAGGAAAAGUAUACCAGAUUUCAUUAUUUGGUGUUGAUGUAAUUGGAAUUCUGGCUAGAGCAAGUGGAGAACAAGAGUUCGAGAAAGAUGGUACUAAACAAAAAAGGAUAACUAUUGAACAUGACCAAGAUGGGGUUCGGGUUGAAUGUGUUUUUUUUGGAAAAUAUGUUGCUGAAGUCGUUGGUUAUCUUUCAUCUGUUGAUGCAACCAAUGCUGUUGUGGUUGUGCAAUGUGGCAAGAUAAAGGCGGUGAGAAUAAAUUAA